GCGGAAAUGACGACGUUACUUUCGGUUUUAUCCCACACUGAUCAAAAUAAGUCAUGAAGUAAAAAGGAGCUAGCUAUAAAUUGUUGCUCGAGUCUUGCGAAAGAGCUCUCAGGUGUUGCAGGUGAAUCGUCAACAAUAUCGUUUAACAGUGAAAACACCUGACCAUCUUGAGAUGGAUUUCCCAGUGGAGGCAACAGUACAUUUGAAUAUUUUCCCCAACGAGACAAAGGUGCGAGAAAUCCUCAGGUCACAUGGCUUUGUGUUGACAGAUCUGAGCAGCGAUCAGGUCCGUGUCAAGGGGAGAUUUUUGAAACUUAAAUCUGUGAAGGCCUCUUUGGAGCCGCUUCUUAACUCACAAACCAAGACGGACAUUGUGCCGUCCUCAUCCUCACCGGUCCAGAAGGUUUCCUCUGGAGCCAUUUCCAAAUACUACACCGACAACAGCUCACAUGGUAACAGAAGCCGGUCAGGAUCCCGGAACAAGCCUCCCCAUGCUUCUCCAUCUUCACCCACCACCUCCUCAUCUUGGGCGUCUCGCUCUUCCAACAACCAUCCAACGUCUCCAGAGUACAGAGCUUCUUUUUCUCCAAUACCAGACCAGCGUGGCUCAUUCAGGCAUGGAGGAGAGUCCUUUGUCGUUGAUGCAGAUGUGUUUAUGUACGCAAACCAGCUCAGAAAAAAAGACAUUGACGGCAUCCUGGACAGCCAUAAUGUUAGAAUGGAAGCGUGUCAAGUUGCAGAUAGCUUCAACAUCACUUUACUGGGGAAGAGCGCAAGGAUAGCUGUCGGUAAACUGCAGAGCCUCCUGAAUAAUCUCAAUGAAUCACUACGCACACAGGAAGUUCCUCUGAAGGACAUGGAUCAUGAAGGCAAGGGUCUUUUAGAGAGAAUUUGGAAAAACAAAAACAUUUACGGUUCAGUGCUCGUAUGUGCGAUGAAUGACAAACUUCACCUGAUAGGACCGUCUGGUGAGAGCUACCAGUUAAAGCAGAGGCUGUUGGGGAGGCCGGUUGACCAGACAGGACGUACAGGGAGGACAUUCGACAGAAACUCCAGGUCAAGGAGCAGCUCUCUGCCACCAGUCAGUCGAAAGAACACAGAAAGAGAUAGCGGUGCCAUCGCUUAUCCAUCUCCCGUCGGAGCUGCAGGUUACUCUCCAUCAAAGUACCAGGAUGAUAAAAGGGAAGGUGCUGAACCUAAGCGGGGAGCUGAUGCUCGUUUUGUUCAAGGUAGAGCUUUUAGGACAAGAAGCCAAUCUGAGUCCCGUGAAAAAACACGAGUAGAAAGGGCUAACAGCCAUGUGCAAGAGCUGGAAAACAAACAUCCGUCUCCUAAAUCGCUCGUGAAAGCCCUUCCGCAGCUACUUAGGAUAAAUACAAAAGAUAUGAGAAAAAAGAUAAAAUCUUGGAGAAAAUGAUAAAUGAGCAGUGAAUUUAUGUUCAUGAAGGUAGAAACAGAACUGACUUUUUUUUUUUUACCAUGCUAUGUGUCUAAAUACCUUUUAUUUAUUGAGUCUUAUUGAGUAACAGAUGUAUGCAGUUACAUGGUGUUGUUUGGUAGGGCCUCAUUGAUAGUGGAUUUUUUUAGGCCAAUAGCGAUACCAAUAUUUGAGCGUUAAAGGAAAAGUACACUAUUCUAUACAGUAAAUAUGUAGCUGCCACCAGCAGCUGGUUAGCUUAGCAUAAAGACUGGAUACAGGAUAACAACUAGCCUGUCUAUGUUCAAACCAACUCUGCCUACCAGCACCUCAAAACUCACUAAUUAACAUGUUAUAUCUUGUUUGUUGAAGUUGUGGUUUUAUUGGGGUUAUGUGCUGAACUAUUUCUUGGCCAGAAACAUUAUCUUUAGACAGAGCAAGGAUAGAUGUUUCCAGUCUUUGUGCUAAGCUACGCUAACUGGCUGCUGAUAGCGCCAUAUUUAUAGCACAGACAUGAGUGGUAUCAAUUUUAUCAUCUAACUCUCGCUAAGAAAGAGAGUACAUGUAUUUCACAUAUUUAUUUAAUUAAUUCAAACUAGAGGUGAUCACGGUCCACUUGAUUCUGGAGAAACUGAGAUCUGAGUCGGAGACGGUCUCGUUUUACUGCUCUUGAGUCUGUAUCAAUAUGUUCCAUACCUGAGUGGACUUGUGCUUUCUUUGUAGUCAUAAUCACUGCUAUUUUAGGAAAUCAGUAGCCUAUGUAAAUAAAAGUAUGCUAUUAAAUGACUUAGUUACUUUUUUAAACUACAGUAUCUCUCUCUCAGUUGGCUACAGAAUAUUUUAUUGUUGAUGCAGGAUCUGAAAAUAUUACUUUUUAUAGAUUGUUUACCAUAUAAACUAAUCAUUUUUUUGAAUUUGUAAAUUACUUAACAUUCAUUCUUAAGAAACUAUUAGGGCUGCAGCUAACGAUUAUUUUCAUAAUUGAUUAAUCUGCUGAUUAUUUCCUCAGUUAAUCGUUUGGCUUAUAUGACAGAAAACAAAGCCCAUCACAAUCUGCUAGAGGCCAAGGUGAUGUUUCACAUGACCAACACUCCAAAACCCAAAGAUGUUUAAUUUAACAUGUUUAGACACAGAAAAGCAGCACAUUUUCACAUUUAAGAAGCUUUAAGGAUGUUUUACUUAGACAAAUUACUUAAAGUUCCCCUCCAGACUCUGCUAUGAUUAAUAUUUUGUUUAAAAAAAGAGAAAUUCUGGAUCUCUGAAUGCCCCGCCCACCACCGCUGCGUGUUAGGUUGCCCAGUGAGAGCAUCGAUGUGGGUGAGAGACAUACAUCCAUGGUGAGAGAGCGGUGCGCGUCGAGAUGGGUAGAGUUGGAGGAAACAUCGGAGAGAUUCAGCCGUACAUGUUUGAGCCUCAGUCAGACUCAGAUGAGGAGUCUACUGUGCACCAAAAUUGGCGACUAGCAGACGUAUCAGAAUGAUUAGUGUAGUUAGCAUCUUUUAUUUGUUUAUGUUGUUUGUUAGCUUGUAACUGGCAGUGGCUGACACAGCGUUAGUGUUUGUGAAACAUACAAUAAUAUCUGCUAAAAUGUUACAGUGUGUUCACAUUGUUAUUACAUAACGUUAGUAGAGAGUUGAAGGGUCCGGUUUUAAAACUUUCACUAAGCUAACUUUGUGCAAACUCUGGCUCUCUGUACUGACCAGUCCGCUCUGUGCUGAAGGUUUCAGGUUUCUUUGGCGGUGGCGUUGAGAUUGGCUUUCAAAUUUGUGACGUCCCAAAUCUAGUCCGAGUCUGUUUGAAUCUCAGAUUUUAGGGAAGUGUACAGACAUCCCCCCCUUCAGUAGAGGAAUGUGAAAACACCUAUUAAUUAUUAACCAUAGGAAAAACACAUUUUUGAGUGGAGGGGUACUUUAAACGCUAAAUCAAUUAUCAAAAUAGUUGCCGAUUAAUUGACCAGUCGAUUAAUUGACAAAUCCUUGUAGCUGUAGACAUUAUUAUCUUUUUAAAAAUCUUUUUGACUGCAGUUGCUUCUGAGAUAAGUUAAAAUUAGCUGAUUAUGUCAGCCAUGAAAAUAUAUCGGUUGGGCUCUGUUGUUCAGCACUGACUCUUUUUAAUCAGCUCUUUUAAAUGAUUAAUGUUGAAGUGUAAAAUUUAAACUGAUCAGUCAGAUUGAUGAAUGUUGUUAUUUUGUGCAAUGUACUGAUUUUGACACUGUUACUGUAUUCUUCUGAUGUCAACAUUUUUAUUGUACUCAAACACUAAUAACCUGUGCAUAAUAUUAACAUUAUUCAACCUCUUCUGUCCUGAAGAACAGUCAGUUAUUUACAGCCUUUGACCAACAUCUCUCGCAUAAUUAAAGUAUUUCAUUAUUUCUAGUUGCUUGCACUGUAAAUGUUGGUGAUCUGGAUAUUAUUCUACAUCUGUACACUAGAGCAUCAGCUGAAUGGUUAAAAUAUAAUUUAUGUAAAUUGGAAAACAGAAGAAUAAAUAUGGCAAUUAAAAAACACAACAUUAACAAUAAAGUACCAUGAGUGAUUUGAA